UCGCAGAGCGCACUGGAGCCCUGGCCAGCGCGCAGCCUUCCCGGCGCCGGCAAGCAGGGUCUUGGGAAUUCUCACUUGCUUCGGCUCACUCUCUUUCACAAAAUCCACUGGAUCUUACAUGCUUCUGUAACCCCCACUUCCACUCCAUGUCCCCAUGAUCCUGUGCCAGCAACAGGACAAGUUCUCUGGAUGUCAGAUGAGUUACUAAGGUAACUCUGCUGGUUAAAAGAGCGCCAAGGUUCUUGGGAGCAUCCAUCUCUCCUCAUUAAAAAAAAAAAAAUUUUUGUGUGUGUGUCUUCACCGAACAUUCAAAACUGUUUCUUCAAAGGGUUUUGCAAAAACUCAGACUGUUUUCUAAAGCAGAAACACUGGCGUCCCCAGCGGAAGCAAUGGGCAGUGUGCGAACCAACCGCUACAGCAUCGUCUCUUCGGAGGAAGACGGCAUGAAGCUGGCCACAAUGGCGGUCGCCAAUGGCUUCGGGAAUGGCAAGAGUAAAGUCCAUACCCGACAACAGUGCAGGAGCCGCUUUGUGAAGAAAGAUGGCCAUUGCAAUGUUCAGUUUAUCAACGUGGGUGAGAAAGGACAGAGGUACCUGGCAGACAUCUUUACUACCUGUGUUGACAUUCGCUGGCGGUGGAUGCUGGUUAUCUUCUGCCUCGCCUUUGUGCUCUCUUGGCUGUUCUUUGGCUGUGUGUUUUGGUUGAUAGCUCUGCUCCACGGGGAUCUGGAUGCUUCUAAAGAGAGCAAAGCAUGUGUGUCUGAGGUCAACAGCUUCACGGCUGCCUUCCUCUUCUCCAUCGAGACCCAGACAACCAUCGGCUAUGGUUUCAGGUGUGUUACGGACGAGUGCCCAAUUGCUGUUUUCAUGGUGGUAUUCCAGUCAAUCGUAGGCUGCAUCAUCGACGCUUUCAUCAUUGGCGCAGUCAUGGCGAAGAUGGCAAAGCCAAAGAAGAGAAAUGAGACUCUUGUCUUCAGUCACAAUGCUGUGAUUGCCAUGAGGGACGGCAAACUCUGUUUGAUGUGGAGAGUGGGCAACCUUCGCAAGAGCCACCUUGUGGAAGCUCAUGUCCGGGCACAGCUUCUCAAAUCUAGGAUCACUUCAGAAGGGGAGUAUAUCCCCUUGGACCAGAUAGACAUCAAUGUUGGUUUCGAUAGCGGAAUUGACCGCAUAUUUCUAGUGUCCCCCAUCACUAUCGUCCAUGAAAUAGACGAAGACAGUCCUUUAUAUGACUUGAGUAAGCAAGACAUUGACAAUGCAGACUUUGAAAUCGUUGUCAUACUGGAAGGCAUGGUGGAGGCCACUGCCAUGACAACACAAUGCCGGAGUUCCUAUCUGGCCAACGAAAUUCUCUGGGGUCACCGCUAUGAGCCAGUGCUCUUUGAAGAGAAACACUACUAUAAAGUAGACUAUUCAAGAUUCCAUAAGACUUAUGAGGUACCUAACACUCCCCUUUGUAGUGCCAGAGACUUAGCAGAGAAGAAAUACAUCCUCUCAAAUGCAAAUUCAUUUUGCUAUGAAAAUGAAGUUGCCCUAACAAGCAAAGAGGAAGAAGAUAGUGAGAACGGAGUUCCAGAGAGCACAAGUACAGACUCACCUCCUGGCAUAGAUCUUCACAACCAGGCAAGCGUACCUCUAGAGCCCAGGCCCUUAAGACGAGAAUCAGAGAUAUGACUGGCUGAUUCUGUCUUUGGAAUAUUUACUUCACUACACAGUCUGAUGUUGGUCAGAGGUCCGAGACAGUUACACAGACCAUGGUACUGGUCAAGAGGUGGGUGAAGGCAAGCAGCCACAAGAGACUAAAGCUAGCACAAAGGUUUCAAGAAAAGACUGUGAGCUGGAUGACUGAUGUAAAGCGCUUUGCAGGCCUCCAAGAGACACGACGGCACAUAUCUGUUGUAGUAUAAGUUAUGGGGUUUUUAAUGUAUUGUUUUGUGUUUUGACAAAACUUGAAUAUGCAGGCCAGCCUCGGUUUGGGUACAUGACUUACCUGGAAUGCUUCUUCUCUUUAGGGGAACAAGAGUGAUUUUAAUGGCAUAACAUAGGCAAAACUCUGCCUUAAUUUUUUGAAAAGCUGCUAACUACAUGAACACAAACUGUAUUUUUGUUGCAGUGUAGUUUAUCUUUUACAUAACUUUAAAACGUCAGUGUUGAGCAUUAUUGAAAGUGCAAAGUGUGCUUCAAAGCAUCAAGUAUUUGGCUAUUAACUGCCAAAAUGAGAGCCUGAUUUUCUGAGGCCAGUAAUUUGUUUGCUAAGGUUGAUCUCUCUAUAUAUGUCUGUCUCUCUGUCUGUCUGUCUCUUCUGUGUCUCUCUCCAUCUAGCUCUCGUUACAUAAUAGCAUUAUGUAACACUAGCCAAAUGGUAGCCUCUGGGUUUUAUACUUUUCUUUUCCACAAUGCUUAAGGUUAUCUUAAACUUUCAGUUAGACUAACUUAAAUAAAUACCAAAGACAAUGCACAUUUUUUUUUUGCAUGUGGAAGUUAUAUUUUUAAAAUGAAACAAAGCUCCAUGGAUUGUUUUGGAAAUCCAGAGACACUAUCUUGAACUUUAGCAAGAUGUGAAACAGUCUAUUCAUUUUGCA